AGGCCGGCUGCUGGCACGCCCCACGCAGAUCCACAUCCAUUAGUGCAUGCCUUUUUGAUCUUUUUGGCAUUUCUAUGCAAGCUGUGCCUUUGGGUAGUGCAAGCCUUUUUGGCACCCUUUUUGGACAUUCUAUUGAUCUUUUUGGCAUUUCUAUGCCAGCUGUGCCUUUGGGUAGUGCAAGCCUUUUUGGCAUGUCUAUUCCAGCAGUGCACGCUUGAGAUGGUCUCCGUGCGGAUGACGAGGUGCCGAGCCCUGAGCGAGGUUGACGUGGACAACGAUGGAUGUCUCCCGAGGGUUGUUGAGGAGCUGAAGACCUUCCUGAAAGACAAAUCGCCCAAGGUGAGGAGUGCAGCCUGUGAGGUGAUUAUUCGGAGAAAGGAGGCGUCAUCUCUUCCAACGCAAAUGCUGGCAGAUAUUCUGCCAGCAUUGCUGCAUAUUUUGGCUGAUGAGAGUGGUUUCGUGCGAUACGCAGCUUCCUCGGCCCUCGCCAGACUGGAAUUUGUGCUGGCAGACCUGCUGAUGCAUCAAGACUCCUCAGUACGGAAGGUCUCGUGCCAAGCUUUGAGCAAUCUAUCUUCAGAGGCCAUUGCUCCACAUGCCAACCGAUUGGCAGAGCUUUUGGAAGUGGAGGAGUUGGAAGAGGCUGCAUGCACCACCAUGGCAAAGCUGCCGCAGAACCUCCUGGUCACCCACCUCCAAAGGCUAUCCGAGAGCAUGCUUCGUUUGCCUUCAGAGGUUGCUGAAGAGUUUGUGAACAUCGUGAGCUUCGCCGAGGCGCAGGAUCCAGAAGUUCAGAGGGCGGCCAUCUCCAUCGUAGGCAGGUGGUCCCAUUCAGGAUGGGUGAAAGCUUUGUCUCACCACCAGGACCUCGUGCGCGCCGGUGCCUGCAGGGCCAUUGUGAAGAUGCCAGGGUCUGUGCUCGUUCACCAUGAGAAGCUAUUGACUGGACUCUUGCAGGAUUGGAAUUCCUCGGUUCGAGCCAGCGCAUGCUUUGCUUUGGGCCACUUGCCGGCUGCCCUUCUUCCUGCCCAAGUGGCGUCGCUGCUGGAUGAUUUGCAAUAUGAGGUGCGCCGGGAGGCAUGCUUGGCUGCAGCCAAGCUGCCACAAGGUGCGAUUGCGCCAUGUGCUCUCGCUGUGCAUGCUCCGAAUCUGGCGCAACUGAUGCAAGAUGACGACGCAAAUCUGAGGAUGGCUGCAUGCACAACCAUGGCUCGGUUGCCAGGGCAUGUCAUGGCGAGGUAUGCGACGCAGAUCUCCAAUGCCCUUCAAGGCUUUCCAAGCUUGGCCCAGGAGUUUCAUGGCAUCAGCGGCUGGCUGCAGCAUGAUGAACUUGUGGUGCAGGAGGCAGCCUGUUCCAUAAUGACAAUGUGGCCGUCAGAGAUGGUUGCUCCCCACAUUGCCUCAGUGGUAGGGCUUUUGGAGGUUCUUCCACAUAUUGCUGGCAUCCUUUUGGCAAAGCUGCCAGUAGACCUAUUGGCCCCGCAUCACGUCAAAUCCUUGUCGAUGAAGUUACUCCAUAUCGGUU